AUGAGUGGAUUUCGUCUUCUUGACUUGGUUAAAUUCUUUUUACCUAUCCUUCCUGAAGUUGAAUUCCCGUUUGAAAAAACCAAAUUCGAUGAAAGAAUAGUAUUUACCGUGGGAUCAGCUUUGAUUUUUCUUUUUGGCCAAUUACCUAUAUAUGGAUUAAUCCCUCAAGCCCAAUUUCAUUUACAAGAUCCAUUUUAUCAAUUUAGACUGAUUUUCGCAAUGGAAAAGGGAACGUUGUUAGAAUUAGGAUUAUUACCAAUUAUCACAUCAGGUUUUAUUUGGCAAUUGAGUGCAGGAUUGAAGUUGAUUAAUAUUAAUUUGGGUUUGAGAUACGACCGUGAAUUAUUUCAAAGUGGACAGAAAUUGACUAGUUGGGGAAUUGCUAUUGUGUUCACUUUGGGAUUGAUUUAUUCUGGUUAUUAUGAUGAAGUGAUUAGAGGAUAUGAUUUAAUCCCAAAGGAACAUGGAUCUAUCUCAUCUUCAUUGCCAUUGGGGUCUUAUUUUAUUAUCUUUUUGCAAGUUGUGUCGUGGCAAAUUAUUGUCAGUUUAUUAGUGGAAAUUUUCGAUAAAGGAUAUGGAUUUGGAUCAGGAAUCUUGUGUUUUUUAACCUUACAAAAUGCCACUAAUUUCAUUGCUGAUUUAGUUGGAUUAGAAAUGUACCCCGUUAUAAAUUCAAAUAAAUUUGAAAGUCUUGGUGCAUUGAUGAAUUUAUUACGUAAUUUUUCAAUCUUCAAUUUGAAAUCUACAAGUUGGCAAAUUUGGCAUGCUUUUACUAGAAUUCAAUUGCCUAAUUUAACUCAAUUCUACAUUGCUUUUGCCUCGGUGUUUGUUGUUAUUGCAUUGCAAAAUUUCCGGGUUGAUAUUCCAAUUAGAUCAACUAAAGUUAGAGGUAUGAAUCAAAUGUUCCCCAUUAGAUUGUUGUAUACUGGUGGAUUACCAGUAUUAUUUGCUUAUUCAGUUGUCGCCAACAUUCAAGUGAUUGGAUACAUUUUAUUUUCCAUCUUGCUUAAAUCAGGAGCACCACCAUUGGUAAUUACUUUAUUGGGAAACUAUGUCGUUCAACCAGCAAGUAACAGAUUAGUUUUAACUGGUGGGUUCUUAUACUAUUUAUCUCCAGAACAAAACUUAUUAGCAUCAAUUGCAUCCCCAAUUAGAACCGUCACUUAUUCAUUAACAAUUGUGAGUUUAUCAGUUUGGUUUGGUUUUAAAUGGAGUUAUAUUUCAGGUUCUUCUCCAAAGGACAUUGCCAAACAAUUUAAAGAUCAAGGUAUUUCCAUUGCCGGUAAAAGAGACAUUUCAAUCGCCAAAGAAUUAUCAAAGAUUAUCCCUACUGCUGCUAUAACUGGUGCUUUUGCUCUUUCUGUAUUGGCAGUCGCUGGUGAUUACUUGGGUGGUUUGGGAAAGAAUGGUGCCAUAAUCAUUGGUGUUUCUUCAGCAUUUGGUAUUUUGGAAGAAUUUAUGGUUGAAUAUCAACAAUCAACUGGAUCACAAUUCUCAAGUGCCCUUGCUGGUGCCCAAUAG